UUUGUGCCGUUUGAGUCCUUUUUUUUAGUUGAAAGGUUCUCAAUUGAACUGGAACUGGAAGCUCAGAACGUCAAUAACAGAGCUCUGUCUCUGUCUUUAUCUCCUCCGAAUCUGUUAUCAGCUCGAAUUUCUCCUUCAACUGGAAGAAGAUGUGGUGCUAUUUAUCAACCGUGUGUAAUAUGAAACGAAAGGGAGGGAACAAGAAAGGUAAGCAAAAGGGCCCUUCUGUGGCUGCCACAAAUGAGGCAGCUGUAAAUUUAGUCAGUUUGGAUGGGGAAGAUAAUUCUGCUGCAGAUGAUGACGAUGAUCAUAAUAAUAAUAAUAAUAAUGAUAAUAAUAAUAAUAAUAAUAAUCAUAGUCAUAAUAAUGAAGAAUAUGAAUCUGGAAUGGAUAUUGAUACGCCUUCUUCCACUGGUACAGACCAACCAUUGAAUCUUGCUAGUAUCAAACCUGAUGGUUCCAUCGACAAGACCGCAGGAAAGUCAGUUGGGUGUGUUAAGGUUAAGCUCAAGACUUCAAAGUUGUUAGAAUUGCAGAGUGAUACUGAUAAGGGCAGCCCACAACUGGCUUUGGAGAAACAAGGUGGGGUUAGUGAUAAAAUUGAAGACACUGGCAACUCCCUAUCUGAAAUCAAAACUGGUGUUCCUGGAAAUGUGUCAACGAAACCUGGCAGUAUAAAGAUUAAGUCCUCAAAGGUGCUUGGUGGAUUGAGUGUGCAGAAGAGUGGUAGCACUGUAAUGGUGCAUGAUGAGAGUUUACAACAAAAGGAACCGGAGACACCUCAUCAGGAAUCUCAAUAUAACAAGCAAGAGUUAGAUUCUGCUUUGUUGGUGAUUAAGAAGGUAAUGAAAAUGGAUGCUGCUGAACCCUUCAAUGUUCCUGUGAAUCCUGAAGCUCUAGGAAUACCUGAUUAUUUUGACAUCAUUGAUGAACCAAUGGACUUUGGAACAAUAUGCAGAAAUCUUGAAAAGGAUGAUAAAUAUAUGAACUCAGAGGAUGUCUAUAAAGAUGUUCAAUUCAUUUGGGACAACUGUUAUAAGCAAAACCGAUGUGGGACGCAUCGAAGGCGCCAUAAACUUGAUUGUCUAUGUGCCAUAUGUGUUCUAAAGCGCUGUAGAAGAGAGUGUGAGGAGAAUGCUAGACUUGCUAAGGGUCAGAUUGGAGGUGCUGAUAACAAACUUGCUCAGGAGUUAAAGCAAGAGAAAGUCCAGGAGGUCAAGGAGAAGCAUGAGGAGGACGAUAAUGAUGAGGAAGAAGAGAAGGAGAAUGAGAUGGAAAUUCAAAAGAAAGGGAAGGUUGAAACGUCAGAGCAAUCAGUGUUUGCUGAUAGAUCAGGAGAGAAGCCUAAUCAACAAUCUCAGCCUGUACUAGCAGAGAAUGCAGGUGCAGUGGGCCAAAUGCAUAUUGAGAAGGGACAUGCAAUAGGGCAUCAUGAGGAAGAAACUCAAAAAGUUCAGCAAAAUAAGAAUAAGUUACAGGAAUCACAAGAAAGACAGCAGAAGGCUAUAAUGUUUGAGAAGUUCCAUUCUGAAAAUCCCUUGCUUCUAAGUCUGUGCAGAACUCUCUUCUCUGACAACCAUAAGUCUGUCUGCAGUGGACCUCACUCACUGGUUCAGCAUGAAGGUUCUGGUCACUCACUGGUUCAGCAUGUAGGUUCUGGUCAUACAAGUUCUAUUCAUGCUGCUAUUGAAACUUUGAUGAAGUAGGUACUUUUUGAUUACUUCAGUUUGCCACUACAAAGGAUCUGAAGCAAUCUUUUGCUUUGCCUUGAUCAAAUAUAAUGUUAUAGUGUGGCAUGUUUGACAUAUUGCUUACAUGCAAAUGGAAUGUCUGGUAGUUGGUGGUUCUUCUCAGCUGAGGAUGGUAAUUUGCUCUGGUGUUGUCUUGAUUUACAAUCCUUAGUCAGCAUUUGUUUUGAUAUUUCUCAUUGUGAAAACACUUAGUGCCUGUAAUGAUUUAAUAUUGAGCAAAGAUUCUUUGCUGUGUUUUUGCAGGAAACAAUAACUUGUAAAACUGUGAA